AUGUCAGGCCCUACUCCAGCCAAACGACCCUUCACCGGCGGUUGCCACUGCGGUUCCAUCAAGUAUGAAGCCACCAUCCUGCUCACUGACCAUCCGGUGGCCACCCGCUGCAACUGUACCAUCUGCCUCAAACAAGGGUUCACUGGCGUGCAGCUGGACCCGCAAGACUUCCGCCUCCUGUCUCCCGAAUCGUUCUCCCAGAUCAAAGACUAUCAAUUCAGAUCCAAGGACGUGCACAAGUACUUCUGCGACACAUGCGGGAUUCACGUUGUUGGGAGGGGCCAAUUCGAAUACGAAGGCUCCGUUCACCACUUCUUCGCUCUCAACAUCCUGACGCUCGACCAGCCACAGGAGGGGCUUGAUCUUGCUCGAUUCAAGAUCAAAUACGUGGAUGGGAAGAAUGACAACUUCAAGGCCGGGGCCAGGGAUGUUCCAUGGCCAUGGGGGUGUGUUUGA